AGCGUCCUGGCUGCUGCAGACUUUGAAUCGCGUCCAGCUGUGAGUGGGUUUCCUCUGCAGGCCUCCAACUCAACAUGUCUCAGCAAUCUGGAGGUUUUACUCCGUGAUUUAGUCACGUUUUUAUAGUUGCACUCUGUCUGAACAAUGUGCUGCAACACAACCUCAGAUGAGGCAGCAGGUGUGGGAGAGCUCUGAAGAAGUGUGUGUGGGCCUGUAAGCGUGACAGGGAGCGGGAGAUGAGGACCACUAUUCCUGUGUGUGGGGGCGGUGGUGGAGGGGAGUCCCGCGGCCUCCGCAGCAAGGUGGGCAGGAUGAAGAAGCUGCUGUGGCUCAGACCGAGUCAUUGCGUGGACGUCCACAUGGACACGGAGCCCGGCGUUUGGCUCACCAGCUUCCACUCUCUGGACACUGAUGGACAACACAAGGACCCGGUGCAGGAGUGGGGGGAGGAGGAGGAGGACGGGGCCGUGUUUGGCGUCACGCUGCGCAGGGAGCCCGUCCUGCCGGGCUCGGACGCCGCCGAGCUCCCCACGGCCUUCAGCUUCGUCCAGUACCACACGGUGAAGGUGCGCAGGCUGAAGGCCGCCACCCUGGAGCGCCUGGUCACCCACCUGCUGGACCCCGAGCACCAGGAGCCCGACUUCACCCGCGUCUUCCUCUCCACCUACAGAGCCUUCACCUCCACCAGCACCCUCAUUGAGCUGCUGUUUCAGAGAGAUGACUCAAUCGCCAACAUGGAUAACACCGUCUGCCCACGCAGUCCGUUGCCCCCGGUGAUCCGGCUCUGGCUGGAGGAAUACAGUGAAGACUUCCACGAGCCCCCUCAGUACCAGGCCCUGCGGCUGUUGUGCGCCCACUUGCGGCAUCGCCUCUGCUUCAGACGCUUGGCUCCGCUCGCAGAGAGCGUCCUCAAGAGGCUGCAGGAACAAGAUUGCAGCCGGUCUGCGUCAGAGCAGGACAGUGAAUCAUCUCAGCUGGAGCACCGAGAGCAGGAGGACGGAGGAGAGACGUCCACCAAGGAGGAGGACAGAUCCAAGUUUAUGGACUUCCCCGUGAGAGAAGUGGCGGAGCAGCUCACCCGACUAGACGCCGAGCUGUUUGUCAGAGUGGAGCCCUUCCACUGUUUGGGCUGCGUCUGGUCCCAGCGCGACAAGAAGGAAAAUCGAAACCUGGCGCCCAGCGUCCGCGCCACCAUCUCCCAGUUCAACGCCGUCACCAACCGUGUCAUCACCUCCCUCCUCUGCCCGUCCUCUCCCAGCCCUCCCACCUCCUCUCCCAUCUCCUCACCCAGCUCCUCCUCUAACUUCCUGUACCCCUCCACCGCUCCCAGCUCCCCCCGCUCCUCCCACACCAGCCCCGCCCACAGGGCACGCAUCAUCGAGAGGUGGAUCUCCAUCGCUCAGGAGUGCCGACAGCUGAAGAAUUUCUCCUCGUUGAGGGCGAUCCUUUCAGCGCUGCAGUCCAACGCUGUGUACCGCCUCAAGAAGACCUGGGCUGCUGUCAGCAGGGAGAGCACGGCCUCCUUUGACCACCUGUGUGAGACUUUCCCUGAUGAGAACUGUGUGCUGACCAGCAGAGAGAUCCUGGUGGAGGAUGGGACUCACCCAGAUGGCAGCGCCACCCCCAGCUCAGUGUCCAGACAAACUACCUUCAGCAGCGGCGUCGUGCCGUACCUCGGCACCUACCUGACUGUUCUCACCAUGUUGGAUACAGCACUAACAGACACUGUGGAGGGUGGACUCAUCAACUUCGAGAAGCGCAGACGGGAGUUUGAGAUUCUGUCUCAGAUUCGGCAGCUGCAGGCGUCCUGCUCCCACUACAGCCUCCCAGUAAACCCUCAUAUCUCCGCCUGGCUGCAGGCUCAUACGCUGCUCACUGACCAGGAGAGCUACGAGCUGUCCCGUGAGCUGGAGCCUCCAGUCGACCCGUGUCCCGCGUCUCCCAACACGUGGAGCAGUCGUCUGCUCACUAAGAAACUCGCCUCGUUGCGAACCUCCAGCGACAGCUCCCUGAGGAAGACUCACGCUGACCAGAUCAGUGUGUCGUCUUCUGGCUCCAGCAGCUCCGACAUGGAGGACCUGUCGGCCCCGCAGCCGUCCCCCCUCAGACUCAAACUCAAGUCCCUCUCAGGCUCCCUCCACAAUGUUGCCGAGGAUUUCUCCUCCAUGUCCUCCUCCUCCUCUCCCAGUCUGUCCAGCUCCUCCUGCAGCUCCUCCCAUCCUGACCUCAGCUCUUCUUCUCUGGUGCUGAGCCCCGAGUCCUCCUCGUCUCCUCAGGCCGCGCUGCCCGUCUACAACAAGCAGGUGGCGGACUCGUGUAUCAUCAGGGUCAGCGUGGAGUCGGUCAGCAACGGGAACGUCUAUAAGAGCAUCCUGCUGACCAGUCAGGACCACACGCCUCAGGUGAUCCAGAGAGCUCUGGAGAAACACCACAUGGAGGAGGUCAGCUGCUGUAACUUCAACCUCUGCCAGAUGCUCAACAAUGGAAAAGAGCUCCAGAUCCCCGACAAAGCCAACGUGUUUUACGCCAUGUGCACCUCCGCCAACUAUGACUUUGUGCUGCGUCAGCGCUGGAGGAGCCACGGGAGACAUCUGGGCUCCUCUUCCAGCCCUGGAGCUCAACCCAAGAACCGCCACGGCAAGUGAGGAGCAUCUGUUCAUCUGGCGGACUGUUAGGAGGACAUGUAGAGGACAAGAGGAGCUGUUUGUAUCAACUCGUCACUACACAGAACACAGGAGCUGCUCUGAAGCAACAGACCCAGCCUCGACUGAAAAAUAACCUGCAGGAGGAGUUUUCUCAUCAGGAUGGAAAUGUGUUCCACCAGGAAUUAUUCUGGACUGUUAAAGAAGUGAUGCAAGAUAAGGGAAAUGUCCACAGAAGUGAGACACCAAGAAGAAGCAGAGAAAGAAAUCAGGAUGUUGUUUGCAACAUAUUUGGAUAAAUGAACCACAAUUCAUACUUUUUCCUGUAAGACAAUUACACUUGUAUUAUUGUGCACAAACACACUUUACUUUGUGGAUUAUUGCGCAUCAUAAGUGAACACUGCUUCAGGUUUCACAAACAGGAUGAGGAUCAGCUGGUCUGGGAAAACAGAAGUUCAAAACGUGGCUUCAGUUUGUCGUCUGGGACUCUUAAAGCAGACGUGGGACUUUUCCUUCAGCCUGUGUGGCCGGAUGACUUUAUUUUUUUUAACUAGGCACAGCACAGUGACUCAGCAGAGAGGCUCACUGGUGGUUGAUGAAUGAACAGUGACGAACAAUGAGACAAAUUGUGUUUGAAACACUGUCUGGACUCCUGACUUUGAGAUUCGUCCGCAGAGAGUCUGCAUUCAGAAGUAUUCAGUCGUCUUCUAGUUGAGGAUUUAAAUGUUUUAAUGUAAUUUUAUCGACUUAAAUUAUUCAAUGCAUUUCAGUAUUCAGCUUUUAGAGCAAAAGUGGCAUGAGGACAAUUUGUUUGUUUCUGUUUGUUCUGGAUUCUCUUCUGUUUUCAGACAUAAAGUGUACUUAAGUUGCUUCGUCAUAAGCUGACCUUUUACUGUAUGUGAGCAUCAUGUGCACACACUCUGUCAUCUUUCCUGCACUGUGGCACUAGUGUCUGAAGAAGAGCUGAAUAACAGACAUAGAAGUAUCUCUGGUAUGUUUUCCUGCUAACAAUAAGAGGUUUCGAGGUAAUGAGUGCUAUGUGAGACUGUGAAUGAGAUGAAUCCAUAGACUGGUUCGUGUAUGUGGAAAAAGUGUCUCAGUAUGUGAUUUUUCUUUCUUUCUUUCUUUUUUUUUUUUUUUUUUUUACCUAUAUAAGAUCAUCUCAGUGAUAUAAAAUCCUUCCCAAAACUCUCAGGCAGCUUUCUGUAAGUGCUAAAAGUGUAACUGGUUUAAAGGUUAAAGUCACAUUUCAGAGUUGAUUCACAUCUCUGUUUAAAAUGAACAAAAAAUACAUAAACACUGGUGAAGUUUCUCAGUUUUGGGCAGGAUUCUGCAUCUCUGGGUGCAGCUUUAAUGCUGCGGUGGGUUUUUUUUUUUAGUCAGGUGAGAAGUGUGGAACAAAGGUGUGGCAGCUGCAAUAUAAAGUAUGAAGGAUUGUCUGUCUGUCUGUCUGUCUGAUUAUGUUUGAAUUAUAAGUGAAGUUGUCAGCGUUACUGUAUGCAAGUUACAAUUCAAGCCUGUGUGUCUUUGUUCUAAUAUUUUAUUUCAAAAGAUUCUUUAUUUUUAAAGUUUAUUCUAAGCACUUGCUGUUUGUUAUUAGUAUUAUAUGUCCACUAAUAAAGACAAUUUACUAUUUA